GGGGCGCAUGCGCAGUGCUCAGCCCGCCCCGGCCCAGGCCAGAGUCGGGGCGCCCGAUUUUUUGGAAGUUGUCCCAAGCUGCCCGCAGCCUCCCGGGAUGGCAGACCAGAAGCGCCUUGCCUACUCCAUCAUCCAGUUCCUACACGACCAGCUACAGAAUGGGGGUCUGUCUCCAGAUGCCCAGGAGAGUUUGGAAGUGGCCAUCCAGUGCCUGGAGACAGCAUUUGGGGUCUCGAUGGAAGACCAAGGCCUCGCUGUGUCCCAGACUCUUCCUGAAAUCUUUGAAGCUGCUGCAGGAAAGGCACCCGAGCACAUCCGAACGAAUUCGGAGCCCGUCACCCCCUCUGAAGAUGACAUUGCUGAAGCUGAAAGGCUCAAGACUGAAGGAAACGAACAAAUGAAGGCAGAGAACUUUGAAGCUGCUGUGUCUUUCUAUGGAAAAGCAAUUGAACUAAAUCCAUCCAACGCUGUGUAUUUCUGCAACAGAGCUGCUGCUUACAGUAAACUAGGAAAUUACGCCGGAGCGGUGAGAGACUGUGAAAGAGCUAUAGGCAUCGAUCCAAACUACAGCAAAGCUUAUGGCAGAAUGGGCUUGGCCCUCUCCAGUUUAAAUAAACACACAGAAGCUGUCGUUUACUACAAAAAAGCCCUGGAGCUGGAUCCAGACAACGACACCUACAAAUCCAACCUUAAAAUAGCCGAACAGAAAAUGAAGGAGACUCCAAGCCCUACCGGAGGCCCAGGAGGAUUUGAUUUAGCUGGUUUGCUGAAUAACCCUGGCUUCAUGAGUAUGGCGUCUAACCUAAUGAACAACCCGCAAGUACAACAGCUCAUGUCCGGGAUGAUUUCUGGUGGCCACAAUGCCAUGGGAGCUGCUGGCACCAGCCCCUCCACCAACGACCUCGCCAGCCUCAUACAGGCGGGCCAGCAGUUCGCUCAGCAGAUGCAGCAGCAGAACCCUGAACUCAUAGAGCAGCUACGAAGCCAGAUUAGGAGUCGAACUCCAAGUGCCAGUAACGAAGAUCAGCAGGAAUGAGCCCUUCAGCGCAGUCCGUGGGAACUAUGUUCUUUGCUUUAAAAACUGGAAGCCAUGUGCGUGUUGCCAUUUCUUGAGUUGGAAGUGUCCAAGAGGGGGAAAAAAAAAAAACAAUGGAAAAAAAACAAAAACCAAAACACUUUAUAUGACCUGCAUGUUAAAGACAGAUUCACGCUUUCUUUCCCUUAGUCUUCGUCCCUGCUCCUCCCUCUCAGCCUUUCCAUUAGGUUUUUUGUUUGUUUGUUUGUUUUUUUUUGUCUUCUGGAAGAUCCAGGAAGCUGAACACAAACCAGCAUCGACAGUCUUUCUAAAGAAACUGGGGAAAAAAAAUUAAUAUUAAUAAUAACUACACUGUUACAUUUCUAUGUUAUUUGCUACAUGGGAAUUUUUUUAAACCCGUUUUUGAAGAACGACAUGCUCGUCACUAUGGGAUGUCUUCGCUUUCCUGCCCACGUGCCACUUCAAAGAAGUGUUUUGAGUCCUACCUAACACCCCCCUCCUGCCCCCCUUUCAUCCUCCUGCCGGUUACGGACGGUGAUGUUUUGUGGAGCUCCCGGGACCUUCUCGCCUCCAGGAAAUGGGGGGGUUUCUGUUGGUUUUUAGAUUCUCGUUCAGGUUCUGUAGCGCCGUGGCCAGUGUUGAUAAACCCUUGGGGGCUCGGUGGUCGCCUCCCAAAAAUGGGUCUAGAUGUGUGGGAGUUGGGACUGGCCGGGUAGAACGUGCCCCCCAGUGAUUUCUGGGAGGCUCCCUGGGCUUCUUCCCCCCCCCCAAGUCCUACACAAAAAACGUGUCUAGUGUUUAGUAAUUAUGGCUACGUUGUUGGAACCAUCCAAUCUGUGAAGUAGUGGGGUGGACAGUAAGAAAGGUAUGAUGUUUUGUUGGUGUUUAAAAGGGGUUUGGUGGUUGUUUUUCGGUUGGUUUGGUUGUUUGGUUUUUUUUUUCCCCCCUCCUGUUUUUUUUUAAUUUGUCUUUUAUGCAUGUGAGUGAUCAGCCUGGGUGACUGUGCUUAGGGUGGGCCCGAGUAGGGAGCAGAAGGAAUAAAAAAGCUGCUUGGAUGGUGGAAAAUCAAGCGGCCACUGAUUCCCUGAGCCAUUAUCCUUUGGCACAGCGGGUGUGAGAUUGGGGUUGUAGCCAAUUCGAGCCCUCCCAGUGCCCCCCCUCCUUCCUGGGGUGAGCAGAGAGCUCCAGCCAGUUCCCCUACAAGUCACUAGACUUUUAUAUCCACCUCGGAAUUGUUUUUAAAGUAGUUACUCGAUCAGGGUGGGGAGGGCAAAAAGCAUCUGCUCUGAAGGGGGGGGGGUGGGUGUGAGAUGGGAAAAGACCCCUUCAGGAGAUCAGGUACAGCUGAAGAUUAAUAUCAAGGGGGAAAAAAACACAAUAAUGAUUUGUAAAUGCUCCAUAAAGUAAUAUGUGGUUCAUGUAACUUGUGAAGAAUAAAAUAUUUGGACACUUU